CCCUUUCGCAAGCCCCUCUCAGCGUCGUCGAUGAUCUUUCAGCAGAUGGAUGGAACCUCGCGAGCUUGAAGCUACGCCACACUCGUCGUUCGACGCUUUAUCCCUUCGGAAUUCUUGAAUUUGGGGGCGUCGCCAAAUAAUCCCCAUCUUACCUUAUUUUCAGUGGCUCUCGUUCGAUCCCCAUUGCGGUUCGCGAGUGCCGCUGCCACACAUGUUGUAGUACUACGCGCACGCUCCUUCGCUGCUUCCGCCUUAUAAUUUUUGCUUGUUCUCACCCAAGACAAAAAGACACAGAUAUGUUGUCAGGUGCCCCCAGAGAAUAAAAAAAAAACAGGGCCUAAAUAGCCUCUGCGUUUCGCAGUUGGAGUCCCAGUUGGAACCGGCUCCUUGCGUGGUCGAGUGGACUCGAAGUCAAGCUCGCGCAGCAGUUUAUUGAGGCCGGAACGUCAUCAUGGCACCGAGGGCACUGGACUAUGAGUCACUGAAUGAGAAUGUGAAGAAAGUUCAGUAUGCUGUUAGGGGUGAGCUGUAUCUUCGUGCUUCAGAACUUCAGAAGGAAGGGAAGAAGAUCAUAUUUACAAAUGUUGGCAACCCCCAUGCUCUAGGACAGAAACCAUUGACUUUUCCUCGUCAGGUGGUUGCGUUGUGCCAAGCUCCAUUUCUAUUGGAUGACCCAAAUGUAGGAUUGCUUUUCCCUGCAGAUGCAAUUGCAAGAGCCAAGCAUUAUCUCUCACUUACUACUGGUGGCUUAGGUGCUUAUAGUGAUUCACGUGGUCUUCCGGGUGUUAGGAAGGAAGUGGCAGAGUUCAUUGGAAGGCGUGAUGGGUACCCAAGUGACCCGGAGCUCAUCUUUCUCACAGAUGGCGCAAGCAAAGGUGUCAUGCAGAUCUUGAAUACUAUUAUCCGUGGUGAAGGAGAUGGGGUUCUAGUGCCAGUCCCACAAUAUCCCCUCUAUUCAGCUUCAAUAGCUUUGUUCGGUGGUUCUCUUGUCCCGUAUUAUCUCGAGGAGACAGCAAAUUGGGGUCUUGAUGUAAAUGAUCUUCGGCAAUCAGUUUCACGGGCCCGUGCCAAUGGAAUUACAGUGCGAGCAAUGGUGAUUAUAAACCCUGGCAACCCUACAGGCCAGUGUCUCAGCGAAGCUAAUUUGAAAGAAAUUCUCCACUUCUGUUAUCAAGAGAACUUAGCCUUGCUUGGUGACGAGGUUUAUCAGCAGAAUAUCUACCAGGAUGAGCGUCCUUUUCUCAGUGCUAGAAAGGCUUUGUUGGAUAUGGGACCGCCUAUCAGCAGGGAACUUCAGCUCGUUUCUUUCCACACUGUUUCAAAGGGAUACUGGGGUGAAUGUGGACAGAGAGGUGGAUACUUUGAGAUGACUAAUAUACCUCCUAAGAGUGUUGAUGAAAUCUACAAAGUUGCAUCGGUAUCACUUAGUCCUAACGUGCCUGCCCAGAUUUUUAUGGGAUUGAUGGUUAACCCUCCUAAACCUGGAGACAUGUCAUACGACCAGUAUGUUCGCGAAAGCAAAGGGAUCCUUGAAUCACUGAGGCGACGAGCAAGGAUAAUGACUGACGGGUUCAACAGCUGCCGAAAUGUAGUUUGCAACUUCACGGAAGGUGCCAUGUAUUCAUUCCCACAAAUUCGUUUGCCACCAAGAGCCAUACAGGCGGCUAAACAAGCUGGAAAAGUUCCCGAUGUUUUCUACUGUCUCAAGCUAUUGGAAGCAACUGGCAUUUCCACUGUCCCCGGUUCAGGAUUCGGGCAGAAAGAAGGGGUCUUCCAUUUGAGGACGACCAUCUUGCCUGCUGAGGAGGACAUGCCGGAGAUCAUGGCGAGUUUCAAGAAGUUCAACGACGAGUUCAUGGAGCAAUAUGAAGACCAUCGGGGUUAUUCCAGGAUGUAAACACGAUGCCGUACGUCUCCCAACAAUCUGUAAUAUAAUCUCCUCCUCUGGUACAACUCUCCUCGAAUUGUCUCGAUCUUUUCAUUCUGAUUUGGCCUGCGAGCACAUUGUUAUUGAAUACUUCCCUGUACUUCCGUCUUAUCCUCCAUUCGCGUUAAACGUCUCUAUGACAUUUUCUUUCCGACCUUUCUGGCUUUGAUUUUUAUGUGGAAUUGAAUUUAACUUUCAAUGAAUGUAGAUGCACAACUUGAUGCUUGAUGAA